AUAUAUGAUGUAUCUAAAUAAUGCAAUGUAUUAUAAUGUAUUUAUGAAUUUUUUUAAAAAAUCCUAUGUAUUUAUUAUCUUAAUAUAUAAUGCAUAAUAUUAUAAAGAAACAGAAGUCAAACCCCAGGCAGCGUGACUCUGUCACAGUCUGUGUCUUUAACGCGGGAGUGGUUGAGGCACCGGGGCGGUGUCCUCGUGAUUCACGGGCUCUUGAGUGCUUAUGAAUUGUUUUGAGUGGUUACUGUAAUACGCCGGUUGGAUCUCGGAGAGCCGCUCAGUCAAAUCGCCGGUUCCCUUUCCCUCGGGAAACACCGGGGACUCCGCGUCCCGCUGCUACUUCACCCGCAAUCUGCCGGUUAGCGUUAUUAGGGAAGCGCGCGCGAGUCGGAGGGAUCAUGGGAGAGCACCCAGGGACUUGCUCGGACGGAGUUCGGCUCAUGUCCGAAACGCGUGCCGGAACCGAUCAGGACGAGGACGGCGACGGCGACGACAACGAUGAUAACGAUGAUGAUCAUAAAGAUGAUGAAGACCGCCGGCGGGAUGAGGAAGGUGUGCCGCACGCGCCGCAGUUCCAGGUGUUCCGGCGCAGGUGGUUCGUCCUGUCCGUGCUGUGUCUGCUGAACUGUUCCAACGCCAUGCUGUGGCUGAGUUUUGCUCCGGUGGCAGAUCAGACAGCCCAGUAUCUGCGGGUCUCUGUGGACCAGGUCAACUGGCUCUCCAUCGUCUACAUGGUGGUGGCCAUCCCUGUGAGCUUCAUGACCACGUGGAUGUUGGACACAUGGGGACUGCGUGUUUCGCUCGUCCUGGGUUCCUGGCUCAACAUGGUGGGGGGCAUCCUGCGCUACAUAAGCAUCCUGAAGCCAGUGCCAGCGGUCAUGUGGGGCUUCCCUGUGCUCAUGUUCGGCCAGACCCUGUGUGCUCUGGCCCAACCGCUGGUCAUCUUCUCCCCCACAAAGCUGGCUGCACUCUGGUUCCCAGUGCACCAGAGGGCCACCGCCAACAUGCUCGCCUCCAUGGCCAACCCCGUGGGACUGCUGUGUGCCAACAUCCUCUCUCCCCUCAUAGUUGAGAGCACCAACAACCUGCCGCUCAUGCUGGGAAUUUAUGCCGUACCAGCGGCCGUCGCUUGUCUCCUAGCAACGCUGGGUAUCCAGAGGAGCGUUCCCCCGUCACCUCCCUCUGCCAGCGCCGAGACCUCCACUUCGGAGCCCUUCUUCCAGGGAAUGAAGCUGCUGCUCAGGAACCGGCCGUACAUGAUUCUGCUGCUGUGCUUUGGUGGCGGGACCGGCGCCUUCACCGCCUUCUCCACGCUCCUGGAGCAGAUCCUGUGCGUUAAGGGAUACACAGACGACUUUGCAGGACUGUGUGGGGCGCUCUUCAUUUUCUGCGGUGUGCUGGGCGCUGCGAUCGUGGGGCUCUGCGUAGACCGAACAAAGCAGUUCACCGAGGCCACCAAGGUCAACAUGUCCCUGUCGGCGCUGGCGCUGACCGCGUUCGCAGUGGUAUCCCAGAUGCAGGACCAGAGGGUCGCUGUGGCAACCGUCUGCUCGCUCCUCGGCUUCUUCGGCUUUGCCGUGUAUCCGAUUGCCAUGGAGCUGUCGGUCGAGUGUUCCUACCCUGUCGGGGAGGCAUCUUCUUCUGGUCUGAUCUUCGUAUCUGGACAGGUCCAGUCCAUCAUCUACACGAUGGUCCUCCAGGCUUUGACCCAGGAGUUGGCAGAUUCCCCCUUUUCCACCUGUGAGGCCUUGAGCUGGAGAGUUCCUGUGCUGGUGAUGGCCGGUCUCUGCAGCCUGGGCUCCUGCUGCUUCCUGCUCCUCUUCCGCACGGACUACAGGAGGCUCCGCGCCGAGGGGACCAAUGAACAGGGACCGCAAUACGGCCUUCUGACUGCCUGAUCGCCAUGGUGACACUCUGGCGUGAGACGAAAGGCCGUAGCGUAACCUGAACAUCUAACAGGGCACAUGGACCGGUUAGUGAUACACACUCCUCUGUCGUCAAGUGGCAAAGUUUAUACUCUGAUUCACAGGAAGGAACUUGACCAUAAACUUAAAGGUUUCCCACAUCUCGCAAGGUUGCCUUUUUGUUUGUUUAUAAUUCUGGACCAUGAACAUGAUACGAAAAUCCGGGUACCGUCAGCCUUCAUUUAUUACUUUUUACUUACUUUACUUAAUUAAUUACUUACUUUUUCCAGCAGGGAAUUGAGAUUUUUUUCUUUUUCUCUUCAUGAGUGUGUGUGUGUUUGAGUCCCUGCUCUUCGGUACUCCAGGGUGCUGCACGGAAAAUACAACCUGUCAGAGUUCCCCAAUAGGAAGCCUGUGUACUAAAUAAGUUGAAGAACUGAGCAGCAACCUUGAAAGUGAAAUAUGCAUCCGUCAGUGUUUUGUGUGCCAUGCUGUUUCUCCUUUGAAGUAAAAAAUUCCUGUGUUAUUUUAUGUUAUACAUUACAUGUUAUGUAUGUUUUGUAGAAUAGAAAUGGACAAGCAUUGGGCAUGAACAUCAGGGAUAUGGGGAUGGGCGAGGCAAAUGUUUUUUGCACUUUAUGCUGUGAAAAUGGCUAUAAAAUAUGUCCAGAUGUGGUUGUUUCAGGGCGAGUAGUUUUUUCCCCCCCAAAGAGGCUUUUACAGAACAGGGUAAUGCAAUUUACUUGGUAUUAUUUUUGUGGUGUGUACCGAAGAUAGCAAAUGGCACUGUGAGCUGUACAAAAAUGAAGAUAAGGUGCAUGAAGAGAGUUUUUGCAUCUGGUUCAUUUAGGAAAUUUAGUUUGGUAAAAUCAGGACCGAUUGGUUAAGAAAACUACUGUUGUAUUACGAUGGACACAUCUCAGCAGGAUGCCUUCAUCAGCACACAUAUAUGUUCAUAUUUUCCAAAGGGUUCUGAGUACCCAAGCCCUUAAACCCCCCCCUUAUACUAAGAGACAUCUGUUUUUUUCCCCCAAAAUAUGUUUGAUUGUUAAAAAGCAUUUUCAGUACAGAUACAGAAGUCAAUACCAAAUGAGGGAAGGUGAAAAAUGAUUAAAGUGUUAUUUCUAAACUUUAAAUUCUUACCUGAAACACCAAAUGUUACUCAAAUAUUUUAAGUUUACUUGAAAGCCACCUGGAGCUACUGCAUUAUGCAAAUAUUAAAGUUAAUAUUGAACACUUCAAUCACAGGACUGAAAAACACUGACAAAACUUUAUUAUUGUGCAUCAUUGUCUUCUACGCAGACCUCAGCCAGAAACUGAGCUGCUAAAACAGCUCUCAACAAGUCAAG